UUGCACUCUCACUUGUGAAAUUGGAGUCACUUUUCCAAGUAAGGAAGUCCAUGGAUGUGUUUCACAAUGGACCAUCGAUGAAAUAAGUUUGUUUUAGUGCGAGUACACCAUUUCUACCAGUUAAUAUCAAAAGUCUUCAUAUCAUUGAGUAACUGAGAGGUUGUCUAAUCUGCAAAACUUUCCCGCCUAAACUGUUAAGGCCAAUCCAUAAGAAGCCGGCAGUCUGUGAACACUGAACGGUGAAUAUCGUCAGACCGGAAGAUCUUGUAAGGCAACUAGAACAAGUGCAGCCUGUGCAGAUUCAGGAAUAGCUUAGCAUAAAGCCAUGAACUUAGGCAAAAGUUCCUCAAAUUUACUAGUUGGAGACAAUGGACCGUGCCUCUCAACCGGAACCUUUUGUCAGUGCUUAUCUGGAGUUCUAUCUAGGAUGUACGUAGUUAACUUAAAUGGUUGAUUGGCAAACGUUGCUGUAUUUACGUUCAACACUGAAUUGCGAGUUUGUUCCACCCUGAGAAGCGAAAUGGAAUCCCAGGCAUUGGGAGCGAUCCGUGUUCGUUCGGACAGCGCAAAGAAGGUAGCGUACUAUUACAAUCAAGAUAUCGGGAAUUUUUAUUAUGGACAAGGCCAUCCGAUGAAGCCCCAUCGUAUCCGAAUGGUCCAUAGCCUGAUCCUUAACUAUCGACUGCACCUGAAGAUGCAGUGCUUUCGUCCCCAUUGUUCCGGAAUGACCGAAUUAACACGCUUCCAUUCAGAUGAUUAUAUCCGCUUUCUAAAGACGUUGUCCUUUGGCGACGAAGGGAAGAGUCCUCCGUCUAAGAAAGUACUCGCGGAAUUCAAUGUCGGAGAGGAUUGCCCCGUGUUUGAUGGGUUAUAUGAGUAUUGUCAAGCAUACGCUGGCGGAUCAGUAGCAGGUGCUAGCAAAUUAAAUUCGGAAUCUGCGGAUAUUGCCAUAAACUGGGCCGGCGGACUUCAUCACGCGAAAAAGCGGGAAGCUUCGGGCUUCUGCUACGUUAAUGACAUUGUGUUGGCCAUUUUGGAAUUGCUCAAGUUCCACCAGCGAGUAUUAUAUGUGGAUAUUGACGUCCAUCAUGGUGAUGGCGUGGAAGAGGCCUUUUUCACAACAGACCGCGUUAUGACCGUGUCGUACCAUAAGUUUGGAGAAUACUUCCCAGGCACUGGAAGCGUAGCCGAUGUUGGCGCUCAAGGGGGCAAGUAUUAUUCGCUGAACUUUCCUCUCCAGGCCGGUAUUGAUGAUGACAGUUAUGAGGCCAUUUUCGUCCCAGUGAUGACCAAGGUGUUGGAAUUUUACGAUCCGGGUGCCAUUGUUAUGCAAUGUGGAGCCGAUUCCUUAACCGGCGACCGGCUCGGUUGCUUCAAUUUGACGCUCAAUGGGCAUGGGAAGUGCCUGCAGUUUUUGAAAAAGCACGGAAAACCCUUGCUUCUGUUGGGUGGAGGCGGAUACACAAUCAAGAACGUUGCACGUUGUUGGGCUUUCGAAACUGCGCUAGCCAUAGGAACCGAUAUCGCUAACGAUCUCCCUUAUAACGAUUAUUUUGAAUAUUUUGCUCCGGACUAUAAACUGCACAUUCCAUCCAGUAAUAUGGAAAACCUUAACAGCAAAAAGGAAUUGGAAAAAAUUCAACAAACGUUACUGGAGAAUCUCCGUCAUCUUGCGCCGGUGCCCUCGGUCGGCAUGUUCCACGCUCCGGCAUCAAUGGAUUUCAGUGAACUAGAGGAUAUGGAGCAGGAGUGUGCCGAUCCGGAUGUGCGUGUCCCGGAAUGCGUACGAGAUAAUAUCAAAGAGAAUGAAUCGGAUAUUAUGGAUAUUCAGGAGGGUGGCGUCCCUUCCGGUAAUCGGAAUCGGAGUGGACCAAGCGUCGUGCACAGCAGAGUACGUUGCAUUAGCGAAACGGAUGAUUCGUUAAUGGACUAGAGUACGUCCAUUAGGCAGGCAGGCACUGUCUGUGCUUACGUGUGAAGGCUUAAAACGUUCUCGUAUACGUUCAUCCAGAUACGGACCUGUGUUACUUUUAUACGUAUGUUGGUUGAUUUCGUGUACAAGUGAUCGAAAUUGUGGAUAGACCAUUUUUGUAUGUCUGCUUUUCCAGGCAAGAUUGUUUUUGCUCAGAUUAUUUUUCUGCUUAGAAUCAAUUUGGUGUUUUGUGUGGUUCAAACAGAUCAAAAUACAUCUAUGCGGGGUUAGAUACAUAAUAAUAAUGUUUCACGUUGGGUGCAGUUCA